AUGAAUCUCGGUUCGAUUGACAUAAGACAUGCUGGUAUUAAGCUUGCACUUCAAUCAUAUUCUGUAUCUUUGACAAAUCAUCUCAAAAUAAUAAUAAAACUUAUUAAAAUCAUACUUAUAUCAUUUAUUUCAGAAGAAUUGAAUCCACUACUAUUAAAAAUAAACAUGUCUUCGUCAUCCAAUAACGAGUCUCUUAUUGAAUUAUUACAGACAAUUUCAACUACUUGUAAUCGUUAUGUUGCAAUUUGUAUUUUUAUUUUUGGUGUUGUAGGCAAUAUGCUCAAUAUUUUUGUUCUCUCACAACGAUGUUUUCGUUCUAAUUCAUGUGCUUGGUCUUUUCUGGUUUCAUCAAUUGCCAAUCUCAUUUCUAUUCUAUUUGGCCUACUUACACGAAUAAUUAGUGGUUGGGCGAUUGAUCCAACUAGCUACAUAGGAUGGAUUUGCAAAAUCCGUGCCCAUGUUGUAUUUACAACAAGAACCAUUGCCCUGUGGUUAAUCGUAAUAGCUACAAUUGACCGAUGGCUUCUAUCGAGUAUCGAUGCUAAUCGUCGCCGAAAAAGUACACUAAAAAAUGCUCAACGAUGCACAACAGUGAUUAUCAUUCUUUCCAUACUUCUCUACAUUCAACAACUAUUUUGCUAUGAAGCAAAUCUUGUCAAUACAUCUCUAAAGUGUAACAGUAGAACCGCUGCAUGUCUUUACCUCUCUAAUUUAUCCUUUGCCGUCAUUACAAUAUUAAUACCUUUAUUCCUUAUGAGUGUAUUCGGUUUGUUAACUGUUUUAAAUGUACGUCAGUCGCAACGUCGUCUUCAGUCGCUGGCACUACGGAAUACUACGGCUAUUGCAAUUAGAUCAUCAGCAACAACUGGUGAACAUCCACACGGAAAUUUAAAACGAAAAGCAGAUCAUAGCCUUCUCCGAAUGCUUCUUGUACAAGUCUUACUAAUGGCUAUAUUGACAUUACCAUUAUCUAUUCAAAACUUUUAUUCGUUCUUUUCAGGAGAGAAUAAAUCUGCAAUUUACGAAGCCGUAGAUUAUUUUUCCUACAAUAUAACCGAUCUGAUUUAUUUCGUGUCGAAUGGAAUUCCUUUCUAUAUUUAUACAUUGUGUGGUGGUCAUGUAUUUCGUAAAGCAUUACAUGAUUUAUUCGAACUAUUGAAACAAAAAAUCGUGCGUCACCAGGCUUGUCUAUUACAGAAAUAA